AUGACUCUUCUAGUUAAAACAGAAAGGAAAAUCGACUCGGAACCUUGUUUAGCCACAUGGAGUGACAAAUUAAUUGUUGGUACUGAUAACGGUUUUAUUCAUACCUAUGAUGAACAUCUGACGCCCAGUGCUUCAUGGAUGGCUCACGGAGUUCAGUUAUUUGCAUUAGCAUCUAGUGAAGGCAAAGUUUAUUCAGCUUCCAACGACGGCGGAGUAAGGGUAUGGACAUCAGCUGGUGAAAAAAUUACGGAAUUGCCUCCUCCUGACGGUGAUAUAGGAUCUUUGUGUGUAUUUGGUAAAUUUUUAUACGCUGGCGAUGAAUUAGGGAAUGUAUAUGUUUUUGAGGACACAACUUUAAAAGCUAAGUAUAAUGUUCUGGAGGAAGUGAAAGAUCUACAAAUAAGUCCACCUUUUAUGUUUACGGCUCGUGAUCUCUAUGUGACGGUUACUGAAAUUAAACCUGAUGUAUCAAAAGAUCGGUUUGUCACCCAACAUGUUAUGGAGGGACGUGCUCCCUUAAGGAUAAGUGAAUCAAAACUGGUAGUGACAGGACGAGGUGGUAAUAACAUUCAACUCCAUGAACUAUCUUUGGAGAAAAAGUUUAACAAACUACAUGAGGUCAAGGUCAGUGACAUGAUAUUAACAAGUUUGGCGGUUGUUGGCAAAGAUUGUAUGGACAGGAGGAUGGGAUGGCUGUAUACGCAGGUGGAAAAUAGACCAAGAUAA